GGGGCAGCCUGGGAGCCGCGUUCCAGCGCGGCCGCGUGCGGAACUGAGCGGCACGAGGCCGGAACCGGGACGGGACGGAGCGCGCCGGGAUCCAUCCGCACGGGGCGGCACCGCGGCACCGCGCCGGGCUGGGCCGGGCUGUGUAUCGGGUGCUGAGCACAGCCACUGAGCACAGCCGCGCUGUUCCCCGUGCAGCGGAACCAAAGGCGCCGUGCUCGUUCCCGCCCGUCCCGCCGGGGCAUUGCGCUGCCGGAGCCAUCCCCGCUGCGCAGGAAGCGGCGCCCCCCGCCCGGCGAGUCCCAGCGGCUGCAGUGUGUGCAAUGUCUGCAGCACAGUAACCGCGGGGGGUAAAUAGUCACAGCGCGUCGAGGCUGUACCCACACGUACAGCACGGUACGAGCCGCACGUCUCCACACUGAACUACUGGCGGCUCAGCCCGUUCUGCUUCUGUUCCAGGACCGACAAAGCGACAUGUUCCAUCUCAUACAGCGCUGCUGCUCCCGAGCACCUCGCCAGCUACAGCAGCGAACUGGUCCCAGCCUGCUCCUGCAUGGGAAGAACAUGGCAAGGUGCUCCUCUCCCAGUCUCAAUCUGCAGAGAAACGUUUGUCUCCUCUCAAGACCUCUGAGCCUCAGCACAGCAUCGGUGUGUGCAACCAGACUGCAAGCUUUUCACACCUCUUUCCCACUCCUAAAGAAAAAGCCUCCCCGAGAAGCUCCCCGAGAGCCAGGUCUGUUGCGACAGAGCAUGAGAUCGCUCAAGGAUUCUCCAAAGCCAGCCCUUUACUUAAGCUUUGCAGGGCUAAUUCCGCUGGUUUCCAUGCCGCUAUUGAUGGUUCUCCAAAGGACGUACCACCCAGAGCUGGCGUUUGUUCAGGUUACGUAUGGAGCCGUAAUCGUUUCUUUCAUAGGGGGAAUGAAAUGGGGAUUUGCUGUCCCAGAAAACAGCCCAGCCAAGCCAGACUGGCUGAACCUGGCCAACAGCACCGUGCUGCCUCUGCUCGCAUGGCAGGCCUUGCUUAUGAAAGAUAUCACUAGCAGCGCAGUAAUGAUUGUUCUGAGCUUAGGGAUAGCACUGCACUAUGAUGUUUCCCUUCUUCCUACCUAUCCUCUUUGGUUUAAAGGACUGAGGAUUGUGGUGACGGUGUUGGCAGCGUUAUCGCUGUUGGCUACUUUAGCCAUAAAGAUGGCUUCAGAGAAUGAGAUAAUUAACAGUACACCUGAAAGGCAGAACACAAAACAAUAAAGCAAGAAGAAAAAGCUGUUUAUUUGUUAAUAAUGUAUUUGUAGUGAGGUAAUAUGGAAAUAAAGGCUUUUUUUUGUGCUUAGAAGUCAUAAGAUGGCACUGAUCAAGAUGCUUAUUCAGUUCAUAGCAAGUUUAGGAGCGAAGGAUUGUAAAUACUGCUCAUGUCCAAGGCAGGCCAACAUCUGCCAUUACCUACAGAACAAAGUGUCAUUCCUGAGUGGGAUCAGAUGAAUUAAAAAUGGAGAUUGAUGCGAUGCGGGUAUGAAUUGCUCUGUCCUGAAUUACUGAAGUAUCUGGUUUGACUACAAUGAGAUAACAUUCUGUGGUAGGGAGAACAAUGAUGUAGUGGUACAUGUUCUAAACUAUGUCAAGGUGAAAGCAGUACGUUAUCACUGAAAGAAUAGAGAAGAAUUGUGCAGAAGUACAUACAGCUUCAGUUCUUAUUUUGUGGAAGUAAAAAUAAAACACCAAAAACUGCCUUAUUUCAAACUGAGGAGAUGUCCAGAGCUUAAUGACAUACAACUUAAAGUGGAAAGAAAGGACAGGCAAGGUUUGGUUGUGGUGGCAAGCUGAGCUGAGUUCACUUAAAGUAUCCCAUUAAGCUGCCAUAAGAAAGGCUGGAAGGGAGAACUUUUUAGCUUCAAUGAGGUGCAAUGAAAAAAGAUUAGCUCACUAUUUAGACGUAAAUGAAAAGGAGAGCUGACCCAUGUGUUCAGUUAAAGUUACUUCAGUUACUGUUAGCGUUACUUAACCAACAAAGCUGCUUGCAACACAUAAUCAUAAAGGACUGUAAUAUUCCUAAGUUGAAGUACCAGCAAUUGCUGCUUGGUGUGACACAGAUCUGCUAACACUAAAGGAGCAGACAGUAGAGUUGAAAGAAGUUUGUGUUUUCUCCCCCCUCAACAGGAGGAAUCUGGGAAGGUACAAAUGCAGCUGUGGGCUGCACACUCUCCAGGAGCAGCUGAUUAUUGAUAGAACUUCACACAUAAGUCACAAUCUUAACAUAAUUUAGAGGAAGAAACAAGAACCUGUCAUACAUGUUUUCUACCCUCAGCUACCUCAAGAAGCUUAAUCCAGCAUAUAAGACAUAUUUACUGUAGGCUUUUUAUCUUAAAUACAGUAUAAGGUGCAAGGAGAAAGCCAUAGUGUGAUAUCCAUGUACCCUCAGGACCAAUUUAUAUGAUCCUCAUAGCACUUGUAAAGCACUUGUCCUCACUGUUGAUUAGUAAAGAAUGAAGCACCUACCAUAACUUCAGUUUUAUCUGUUCAUUCAAAGAACAAUUCAGGAAACCUGCCUAGAGAUGGUGCCAUCUUCUUACACGGUGUUGCUGAAAUAGCAGCUAUAUCCAUGUAUCUCUCAUUUUCAUACCCUAUUUCCUUAUAUGCGUUGACAGCAUCAUUUCACCGAAUCAGCAUUGUACACUGAUGUUCUCAGAAUAUAAAAGAAAUAAAACCCCUUUCAUUGUAAA